CUUGGCAGGUGGAUGGUGUUGGGGUGAGGGGUACCAGGGCCAGAAGAGUUGCACGGAAAGACAAGGAGCAGGACCGGGUAAUAGUUGGGAGUAGGGGAGAGAGAGUGAUUAAGAGCCAGACGUGACAAGGGUGUGAACUAGUGCCGAGCCAGGGAUGAGCUGAAGGGCUGGGACUAGCUGGGGUAGGAUCGACAAGGUGUGGGUCAAUAGCUGGGUGAUGGGUGUAAAUUCUGCAAAGUGAGGGAGGCAGAAGGAGACCUGGAUUACAACCAGGUGGAGUCAGAAAUUGGAGCGUUAGUGAAAGGACGAAAGGAAGGCGAGCUUAGAGCUGGGCGUUAAUAGGACAGUUGUGGGAGAAAAGAAAAGCUGAGCGGACGCUAGAAGCACGGUUUAAGGAGUGAUGUGCUCUGGGACAGGGACCCUGGGGACAUUGGAGGGCUUCAGCAGGGACUGGCUGAAAAGCAGCCUGAGAAGAUGAGUAAGGAAGAGAUGGGCCCUGGAAUUUAGAGGAUGGAAUGGGGAGUAAAGGAAGAGAAACGAGAUUAAGGGAAGCGGGGAAGAGUCCUGAUGGGUGUCGAACUGGGGUGGUUGUACAGGACUGGGAGCUGAAUGCGCAUUUUGCUCUGAGGUGCCCCAGAAGGUCUGGAAGGGGCAGGGCACAAAUGCUGUAGUGAAGAAUCCAGGGUAGGGGCCUUUGGUGCAGAAGAUAAGGAACCAUGAGUCUUUGGAUGGGAAGAGACGUUGAAAGGAUCUUGGGUUUAUCCUGCAGCUUCAGUCAAUAUCCCACCUAAGUCAUCCCAGGUAAUAGAGAAAAGGAAAACCCAGCCAAUGAUUAUGUGAUAAUAUGGAAGUAUGGAAGAAGAUGGGAAAAAAACUGUUUAAUGGCAGCUACUGGAGCGUGCAAAGCAGAGGCUUUCAGAAACAGGAUGCUCGAGAGGCUGCCCAAGCGUUGGAGCUCCAAUACUACAGGCUGUCGUUGAAAAUCAUAACCCGUAGUCAUAGCUCAGUGGCAUGAUUAAGAGAGUGGCGACUGCGCUAAAACAUGGAUAGAUGCAAACAUGUAGGGCGGUUACGGCUCGCCCAGGACCACUCCAUCCUAAACCCUCAGAAGUGGUGUUGUCUGGAGUGCUCCACCACGGAGUCUGCAUGGGCCUGCCUCAAGUGUUCCCACGUGGCCUGCGGCCGUUACAUUGAAGACCAUGCACUGAAACACUUUGAAGAGACCGGACACCCGCUGGCCAUGGAGGUCCGGGAUCUCUACGUGUUCUGCUACCUGUGCAAGGAUUACGUGCUCAAUGACAACCCCGAGGGGGACCUGAAGCUGCUGAGAAGCUCCCUCCUGGCGGUGCAAGGCCAAAAGCAGGACCAGCCCGCGAGGCGUGGGCGGAUGCUACGGUCUACAGCUGCAGGCGAGGACGUGGUCCCACCGCAGCGCACUCCUCAGGGACAGCCACAGAUGCUCACGGCUCUGUGGUACAGGCGCCAGCGCUUGCUGGCCAAGAUGCUGCGACUGUGGUUCGAGAAGAGCUCCAGGGGCCGAGCGCAGCUGGAGCAGCGGCGGCGGGAGGAGGCGCUGGAGCGCAAGAAAGAGGAGGCCCGGCGGCGGAGGCGCGAGGUCAAGCGGCGACUGCUGGAGGAGCUGGCCAGCGCGCCACCGCGGAAGAGUGCGCGUCUGCUCCUGCACGCGACCGGGCCUGUAUCCGUGCGCCCUACUACCCUCGCUACCUCCCGGCGCACGCCUGCGGCUACACUUAAGCAGCGCCGUCAGCCGGCGGUGGCCCCAGGUGUCACCGGCCUACGCAAUCUGGGCAACACCUGCUACAUGAACUCCAUCCUCCAGGUGCUUAGCCACCUCCAGAAGUUCCGGGAAUGCUUCCUGAACCUCGACCCUUCCACCUCUGAGCACCUGUUUCCCCAAGCAACAAACGGGAAGGCUCAGCUCUCUGGUAGGCCAGCCAGCAGCUCUGCCGCAGAGUUAUCAGUAAAGAGCAACCCUGCCCAGGGAUACGAACCUCAAGGCUUCUGCUGGAACAGCGGAGCCUCGAUCAGCAGGAGCCUGGAGCUCAUUCAGAACAAGGAACCCAGUUCAAAGCACAUUUCCCUCUGCCACGAACUGCACACCCUCUUCCGAGUCAUGUGGUCUGGGAAGUGGGCACUGGUAUCGCCCUUUGCCAUGCUUCACUCAGUGUGGAGCCUCAUUCCCGCCUUCCGUGGCUACGACCAGCAGGACGCACAGGAAUUUCUCUGUGAACUGCUGCACAAGGUGCAGCAGGAACUUGAGUCUGAGGGCUCAACGCGCCGGAUCCUCAUCCCUUUCUCCCAGAGGAAGCUCACCAAACAGGUCUUAAAGGUGGUGAACACCAUAUUUCACGGGCAGCUGCUCAGUCAGGUUACAUGUGUAUCAUGCAAUUAUAAAUCCAAUACCAUUGAGCCCUUUUGGGAUCUGUCCCUGGAAUUCCCUGAACGCUACCACUGCAUAGAAAAGGGAUUUGUCCCUCUGAAUCAGACAGAGUGCCUGCUCACUGAGAUGCUGGCCAAGUUUACUGAGACAGAGGCCCUGGAGGGGAGAAUCUACGCUUGUGACCAGUGUAACAGCAAACGACGGAAAUCUAACCCCAAACCCCUUGUUCUGAGUGAAGCCAGAAAGCAGUUAAUGAUCUACAGACUACCUCAAGUCCUCCGGCUGCACCUUAAAAGAUUCAGGUGGUCUGGCCGUAAUCAUCGUGAGAAGAUUGGGGUCCAUGUCGUCUUUGACCAGGUAUUAACCAUGGAACCUUACUGCUGCAGGGACAUGCUCUCCACUCUUGACAAAGAGACCUUUGCCUAUGAUCUCUCCGCAGUGGUCAUGCAUCACGGGAAAGGGUUUGGCUCAGGACACUACACAGCCUAUUGCUACAACACAGAGGGAGGUUUUUGGGUCCACUGCAAUGACUCAAAGCUGGAUGUAUGCAGUGUCGAGGACGUGUGCAAAACCCAGGCCUACAUCCUUUUUUACACUCGAAGAACAGUUCAGGGCAGCACAAGACUCUCAGAAACCCAACUCCGAGCUCAGGUGCAGUCCAGCAGCAAGGACAAAGGCAGAACAUACACGCUCCCCUGACUAGGAGGCAUGCAUUAAAAUGUCCUUACCUUUUUCCUCAUGGGUAAUAAGGCUUGCACAGCAACAGAAGCUUGCCUCUCUAGGCCUAAAGGAGAGAAUGCCAGGUGAUUCCUGCCCUGUCAAAAAAUUAGUAGUCACUUUCUUUUGAAAACAUUUGAAAAUUCCCUCCUUUCAUAAAACAAAUCUAAAGGAGUAACUUCUA